AUUCGAAUAUCAAACGCAAACGAAUAUCACACCCUCCCCGAACCCUCUGUUCAUUUUGUGUGCUCAUUUUCAUUCAUCAAUGGAGGAUAAUACUUUCGAUCCUGAAUUGAUUCGGACAAUUUUCAGGCUUGUUUGGGAAAGGCGAGGAGCAGAGCGGGAGAAGAAUCAAUUCUCAGAAACUGAAGCAGAGGUUGGACCAAGUACAUCGAAGAGAAGUCGCCUAACUUCUGCCAAUGCAAAUGCACUGAAGCUGAGCUGUGAGCUCCUCCGAGUUUUCGUGACAGAGGCCAUUCAACGUGCUGCUACCAUGGCUGAAGCAGAGGGCAAUCAUAUAAUAGAAGCAAGUCAUCUAGAGAGGAUACUUCCACAGUUGCUUUUAGAUUUUUAAGCUCUGUGUCUGUUCAUCGACGCUGGAGAGUUUAUUGUCGAGAUGGGGAUGAUCAAGCCUGCAAAAUUGUGACAUUUUGACGGUUUUGCCCUUCAGAUAUUUGAGAAUGUGGUAUAAAAAUAUGUGCUAGACUAGAUAUCAUAGUGAAAGAGCCUAGUGCUUUCACUUAGGAAGUAGAUUUAGUAAGUUGAACUUCCUUAAAGUCAAUCUACUGCGUGAAAUACUUCUUUUCGUGAGCAGAUCCUGAUCUGUUCUCCAUAGGGCUGAUAUUAUGUUUCAACUUUUGUGUAUUUUGAUUACGUGAUAACUAUGAUUUCGUUGUCUUUGGUUGAAUAAAUUGAGUAGAAUUUGCCUGAUCAA